UGAUAGCAGGAGAGGCAGUGCUCAAACCUGAGCCACUCUGCUCAGUUUAGAGAGAAAGGAGAAAAUAUUAAUUCAGAAUAGAGCACUAACUCAGCCGAGAGAGGGGGCUGAAAAAAUAAGUAUUAACUCAGGAUAGAAGACAGCAUUAAUUCGGUACAGAGCAUUAACUCUGCACAAAGUUUAGGAGCGAGCAUAAAGUCAGCAUAGAGAGCUGGGGGAGAAAAGAAAGUAAAUCAGCGCAGAGUAAAGGAAAGAGCACAGCAGAGAGCACAGACUCCGCACAGGAGGGAGUAUUAAUUCAGCAUAGAACAACAAAAAUUGCAGGAAAGGUUUGAGAGGAGGGUCGAGUACAGGUCAGUACAACACAGCACUUGGUCUGCGCUCCCCGCUUUGCCCAACUCGCAAAUAUCUCGACGUUUGUCGAUCCUGAUACACGGCGGAUCACUAUAUUCCCUGAGUUCUCCUGGAUGUUCUUAUUCAAUCUGUUCAGAUGUGUUAUGACCAACCUUUGGAGAAGGUGGGACUUGAACCUGGGUCUUCUGGCCCAGAGGGAAACUGGAACUUGUGUGAAUGCAUCAGUCUAUCAUCCAAUUAAAAGGGAGUCCAGAAAUGCCACAAGUGAAAUGUGAAACAAGUUCUUUAAGUGAAGUUACAUCUGAGAUCUCAAAUCUUGAUGAAUUGACUAUCUCACGGAAGACACGCACCGAUGAGAAAGAUCUUGCUUUACGUUGUGAAAAGACUGGCUACCCUGACUAUGUCUACAAGGUUUCAGCUGACAUAUUUCAGAGCAUACAUGUUGAAAAACCUCCCUCCAGAAGGCUUGUAAACUAUGAAAAAGAUCCAGAAAUGACCAUCCCAGAAAUCAAAGACGAGAAGUUCCAACGCUGGGUGUAUGAGUUAGCCUUCAGUGCCCUGAAAUAUCAAGAUGUCUUAGAGGAGAUAUUGAUUAACAGCUGCUUUUAUCCAACUCAGCAAAUCUCUCUUGAUUCAACAAGUCUGGUGGUUAUUAUGUUGUAUGAUUACCAAGAUCGUAAAUUCCAACCAAGAAGCAUUCCGGAAGCAGAACAGGAUGUAAUACCAGAAGUUAGAAAAGUAGAAAAAAGCCUUUACAGCUUUAAAACAAAACUUGCAGCUGCACUUGCUCGAUGCCGGAUUAAAAAUAAUGCAAUCUCCAUCGAUUUAAUUCUUCCGGAAUCUGUAAGAAAUCAAGAACGACGAGCUUCUUCUUUGCCUCUCUAUGCCUGGAUAAACGUAUUAAAGACAAGCCUUGAAGAUGUAACCAAUUUACUGGAAAGAGAGGGUUUUACAAAGGUGAAAUGUCCUCAGGAACUCGAGGGUCUGACUUUCUGUGAGGAUCGACACUGCCAGGAUGUGUUACUUUUUCCAACUCAUCUAACAGCUAAACUUUACGAAAUGGAACUUGUCACCAGUUACAAGAUGGUAAUUCAGGAUAAAGGUCGAAGCCUUGCACCACACUCGGUGAAGGUCUUAAUGAACAUAGAUGAUGAUAUCGUUGUUACUAAUGCAGUUUCACGGUUGACUGUUGCCCAUAUGUCCACCCUAAUUAACCAGAGCACGUCCAAAGUCUUUGUUUGUGGAGUGAAAACAGAAUCGCAACAACUUGAACUAAAGAAUUUAUUUGAAAAAAUGGGCUGUAAAAACAUUAAACUGAUACCUCAGAAAUUCACUGAUAUUGAGCCAAUAGAUCCACGCUUACAGAAGGUUAAAGUUAUUCUGCUUGUGCCUCAGUGCUCAACAUCAGGCGUCAGCAAUCCAGUUGAGUUCAUCUUAAAUGAACAUGGAGACACAACUUUGCUGCAGGAACUUUCUCAAGGAAAAGUGUCAGAAGAGAAACUCAAACAGCUGGCCCAGAGACAAGCAGAGGAACUCAUGCAUGCAAUUAAAUUUCCAAAGGUCCAGGCCAUUGUGUAUUCUACAUGCUCGGUUUAUGCUGAAGAAAAUGAGGAAAUAGUGAAGCCAGUAUUGGGAAAAAAAAUAGAAGGGCCCAGAGUGCAACCUUACAGGCUAAGUGCUCCUGUUAUUCCCUUAUGUUGUCCAUCAGAAAUAACCUGCGCAUCUGAUAAAUUCUUCAAGAUUGAACCAUCAGAACAAGUCAAUGGAUGUUUUAUUGCUGUAUUAACUCGAGAGCGAGAUCCAUCAGGAGCAGUGUCUGUAAAGGAUGUUUUGGCUCGAGCUGCUGCAAAGGGACUACUGGAUGGAGUUGAGACACCCAGAAUUCGGAAAAAGGAAGAAAAACGAAAGAAAAGCAAAGUCAUCACACCAAAAAUGGGAUCUUUCAGUGGAGCCCAGUCAAGGAUAACUGAAUUUUUAAAUGAACAGAAAUCAAUUACAGCUAAUGGAACCUCCACAGCCUCCCAGCAAUUGUCUAAAAGUGAAGCUAGUGCAACUGGGUCAAGUAUCAAAUUAACUCAACGAGUGCCUAUUCCUACCUUACCCAGCCGAGUGAAGAAAAAUAUUAGCAAUGCUUCUUCAGUGGGAAGGCUUGCUAGUAGGAAAGGAAGUGCAACUGGAACAAAACAAGAGUUGAAGUUGGUUUUAAAACCAGUAGAGAUGUUGCUUCCUCCAGUUACAGUACGAUACCUCAAUUCAAAUGGGGUUCAAAACCAUGGUUACAACCAACCCUACCUCUUCCAGUACCAUGGAUUAACUAGUCAACCCGCUUUCCCUUAUUCACGUAAUGCAUUUGUGACUUCACUGGGUGUGAAAAAGCAAAGAGACACAGGUAUCAAAGCUGUUCUUGGAAACAUGAAGAAACAAGACUUGAAGCAACAAUGUACUAUUUGCGCAGCAAAAAGAACUUGAAGGCAGGAUGUUCUCUGUUCUCAUUAAAAGAUUUGAAGCCAGGAUUAUCUGUGUUCCAUGAAAUAUUUCCAAUUGCUAAGCAUGUAAGCUUGUCUAUAGAGAGUGAAAACAGAUUUUGGUUGAACAGCACAUACUUUCCCAAUGAAAUUAAUGGACAUCUUGAUCUCUUGUCAGUAUUUUUUUUGUAUUAAAGCUCCAAAUGGAUGCAUCGGAAAUGGAAAGAACAGAGCAGAGGAGCAGUGGCAUUGGGAGUUAGGAGAAGGGUUACCACUUCCAACUAACAUCUAUUUCAGGAAGAAUAUAGGAAGGUUCUUCACGCAAAAAGUUCACUUCUGUGUAUGUUCACCUUUAGUCUGUAGAAGCACACUGGGAAUUUAUACUCCGUGAUUUUCUGAUCAUUACUUUAUUGAUUGGAAAAUUACAGACUACAUAUCCAUGAUUUCAUACAAUGAACACCUUGCCAAUGUUGCUUCCUGCUUCAUGCGGAUGACUUUCAAUACAUCAAAUAAAUUUUAGCACAUCCAAAAACCUCAGUAACAAUUUCCUUUAAAGCAACUAUAAUGCCCUGAUGAGAGCACAGCAGCUUCUUCUGAUUGGCUGAGUCAAGAGGGAGCCAUUGACUUUCCUCGUUUAUAUUUAU